CGCGGGCCCUCAGCAUGAAGAAGACGCGGAGCACGACCUUGCGGCGGGCCUGGCCGAGCUCCGACUUCUCGGAGCGCGCCUCGGAGCGCGCGCGGUCCCGCAGCGAGAAGGACUACCGGCUGCACAAGCACUUCCCGCCCGCCUUCCUCUCCCAGGCGUCGCGGGGCUACAUGACAUCAGGUGAUGUGUCACCCAUCAGCAUGUCUCCCAUCAGCCAGUCGCAGUUUAUUCCACUCGGGGAGAUCCUUUGCCUGGCCAUCUCAGCAAUGAACUCUGCCCGAAAGCAAGUCACGCAGGAAGCACUAAUGGAGCACCUGACAACCUGCUUCCCAGGGGUUCCAACACCCAGCCCUGAAAUCCUUCGGCAUACCUUGAAUAUGCUGGUGCGGGAGAGGAAAAUAUACCCCACUCCGGAUGGUUAUUUCAUUGUAACCCCCCAGACUUACUUUAUCACACCCUCUCUCAUAAGAACUAACAGUAAGUGGUACCAUUUGGAUGAGAGGAUACCUGACAGGUCUCAGUGCACCUCUCCACAACAAGGAACUGUGACUCCCUCCACGUCAGGAUGCGUCAGGGACCGAACGCUGCCCAAAAACCACUGCGACUCCUGCCACUGUUGCAGAGAAGACAUGCACAGCAUGCAUGCAUCUACCCUACAGAGGAAAUCAGCAAAAGACUGUAAAGACUCGUUUUGUCCUCCUUCGCUAUGUCAGGUCCCACCUACUGAGAAAAGUAAAAGUACUGUCAAUUUUUCUUACAAAGCAGAGACACUCACAAAGCCCAAGGAYGUAGAAAAGCAGACUAAGAAAUUUGGACUCAAAUUAUUCCGGUUAAGUUUUAAGAAGGACAAGACAAAACAGCUGGCGAAUUUCUCUGCCCAGUUUCCUCCGGAGGAGUGGCCGCUAAGGGACGAAGACACCCCUACCACUAUACCCAGAGAGGUGGAAAUGGAGAUUAUCAGGCGCAUUAACCCAGACUUGACUGUGGAAAAUGUCAUGAGGCACACUGCACUAAUGAAGAAACUUGAAGAAGAAAAAGCUCAACGGAGCAAAGCUGGAUCAUCAGCUCACCACAGUGGAAGAAGUAAAAAAAGUAGGAAUCACAGGAAGUCUCACGGGAAAUCGAGGUCGCACAGUAAGACUCGGGUGUCCAAGGGAGACCCAUCUGAUGGUUCUCAUUUGGAUAUACCUGCUGAAAGAGAGUAUGAGUUUUAUGAUCCCUUGACUCGAUCCCCACGGGAAGGUUGUUUUAUAAUAGAGCACAAGGGAGAUAAUUUUAUAAUGCACAGCAACCCUAACAUGAUUGAAUCUCACUUUCCCAUGACACCGGAGUGGGAUGUGUCUGGUGAGUUGGCCAAAAGAAGAACUGAAAUGCCUUUUCCUGAACCUUCCAGAGGGAGCUCCCACUCCAAGGUCCAUCGGAGCCACAGCCAUACACAGGAUAGAAGAUCAAGGAACGAGAGGUCCAGUAAGGCCAAAGAAAGGUCUAGAUCUAUGGAUAACUCCAAGGGCCCUCUGGGCUCUGCUACUUUGGGCACACCUGAAGACAUUGGCGAAGGCUGUAGCCCGGAUGACCAAACGACCAGCCAAACCUACAUCGACGACAGUACCUUAAGGCCAUCUCAGUCACUCAGUCAUCAAAGGGCUCUCAUGUCGUCCGCAGGCUACAAAGAGACCUGCAUCCCCGAAAUCGUUAGUGGCAGCGUAGAAACCCCCAGUUCCUGUAGCCUGUUGGAGCAAAACAAGCCGACGGAGAGCCUGCCGUCCUACAGCGAGCUCAACUCCUGCGCCACCAAGUCUGCCGUCGAGGACUAUUUCCAGUGCAACACGUCCAGUGAGACCGUGCUCACUGCCCCGUCACCGCUGGGCAAGAACAAGGAGGACCACGACACGCUGACGGUGGCAGACGGGCUCAAGAAAAUGGCCGCCUCCGAGAGACAGUCCCAACACGUUGCCAGGGAGCCUGGCGCGCACAAAGAGGAGUCCCCCAAGACGCCAAGCAGCAGCUCAGCAGUUGCCGGCCAAAGCCCGGAGGUGAUUGCCAAUGGGCGCCUGGUGCAGCACCACAGCGCUGAGUCGAGCAGCCUUGACAAAAGGAAAGAAAUAUUUAGCAAGGACACGCUCUUCAAACCUCUGCACAAUACUCUCUCUGUGAACAGUUACCACAAGUCUGGCACAGCCCUGCUGAAGCCCCAUCAGAAGCCGCCCUCUGACACACUGCCUGUGAGAUGUGAGAAGCUUGAGCAGGCGCUCGUAACCUCAGUGACCCAGGGCAUGCCCGUCCCGCAGCGACCGCAGGAGGCGGGCGGCACCCAGGAGGCCUCCUUCGACUACUACAACGUGUCUGAYGACGACGACUCCGAGGAAGGGCCAAACAAAAACGCCGAGGAGGAGAAGAACCGGGAUGAUGUUGGCACUAUGCAGUGGCUGCUCGAGAGGGAGAAGGAAAGGGAUCUGCAGCGGAAGUUUGAGAAGAAUCUCACUCUUCUCACGCCGAAGGAGACGGAGAACAGCAACAACCAGAGAGCCACCCACUCAGCUCGCCUGGACAGCAUGGACAGCAGCAGCAUUACUGUGGACAGCGGGUUCAACUCUCCACGCACCCGCGAGAGCCUGGCGUCCAACACCUCGAGCAUCGUGGAGAGCAACAGGCGGCAGAACCCGGCGCUGAGCCCGGCGCACGGCGGCGCGGGCCCCGCGUUCAGCUUCCGCGCGAGCGCCGAGCCGCCGCCGAGCGAGGCCGAGAAGCUGCAGAAACCUGCCAGCUGCCUGCAAGCCUCUGUCACGAGUGUCUGAUAGUCCGUCACGUCUCCGGUCGCAUCCUAUACAGCAACGUUUACGACACUGGGACUGAUGUUUACAUCUUUGGGGGGAAAAAAAAAGAAAACCCACGCAUCUCGACCACAGUUUUGGUGUUUACUUAAACUGUGCUGCUAUGUAGACUAGGAGCAACAAAGAAAUCUUUAUUUCAAGGUAUUGCUUUUCACGUUUGCGGCUCUGUAGCAACAGAAUAGCAGUAGGGAUAAUAUGUACACUUUUUGCUUCACUUAAUUGUAACUGAGCACAUAUAUGAAAGUCUAGACACUGUAAGUGUAAUCUGCAUUUUCAAUGUCCAUGCAGUUGCCAACUUCAUUUAAAAAAAAAAGAGGAAAAAAAAAAUGCCACAGAUGUGUGAUGCCCCCGGUCAGAGGCUCAGCUCUGCUGCAGAGCUGGUCGUUUUUUACUUGGGAAACUGAGCCACUGCUGAAAGUAGCCAGCCAGGAUCACUUUGAGGAAAAACAAUGCCAAACAUGACAAGUGAUGACCUCAGCUCUAGCUGUGAAUUAUUAAUACCAAUCAGUCAUUUUCACUGUGUGGUUUUGUGACAUGGUUUUGCAAAUACCCGUAUAAGGGAGUAAAAGGAGGUUGUGGUUCUUGUUUUUUGGGUUUUUUUCUUUAAGUAUGUAGGGUGGGGAGGGAGACUGGCUUCCUAUUUGUGUCUCAAAAGUAUGGGAGAUGUUUACGUUCCGAAGCUUGCUACUUGACCUUCCAUAGUCAUGAAUGAGGAGGAGGAGGAGGAAGGCCUUGGCAGAGAGGGGGAAAGGGGAGGGAAGGGAAAGUUGAAGUGUCGUGGAGCCACAGUGUGGAGUGACACAAAUUAUCUUUAGUAUAAAUCAGAUAUUUAAAAGAGACCAUCUCAUUUCCUGUGUCACUUCGGUAUUGCAGCUUGCCAUUAAUAUAAGAAUCAAAAUAGCUAAUUUCUUUGAACAAAAAUAUUCUUUAUGAUAUAAAUGACGAGUAUGACCUGAAGAAAUUAUUUCUUUCUAGUGGAAGGACAUAAAUCUAUUUUAUGUAGCUUUUUAAAUAGAGUGCCUAAAUUAGGCUAUUGAAAAUAGCAUACAUUGUAGUGAUUAUCAGAGAACAAAAUCUAGAGAAUUAUAAACUUCUGGCCUUUCUAUACAGUGGAUGUUAUUUGCAAUUUAGCAUUUCAUGGACACGUCUAGUUUUGGGAAAUUAAAUGUGUCCAUAGGGUUGGCAGUAGAAAUCUGAAUUCUGUAGGUAUAGUAUAUCCUAAUUAUUCUCCCCUAAACCGUUACUCCAAAGUAAUUAAUAAUAAGCUAGUUACUGCAGAGUAACUUCUAAGAAUAGUUAAACUCCAAGAGUAAUUUUUAGGUAUAGGGUCACGUUCUGCUCUCUUACUCAUGCAAUUUGAUAAUGCAACAAAGUGACUUCAAAAUUAAGUAUAUAUUUAUUUUUUAUGAGAACAGUCGAGUUGGUGGAAGAAUAGCAAAGAUAUUAAAACACUCAGCAGUCCAAAUUGUUGAAUACAAAAGGGACAUUUACAUGGUCUAGCCCUUGGUAAUACACAGGUCUUAAGCCCAGCUGUACAUAUUAAAAGGCAGUAUUUUCAUCAGGUUCUGGUGACAUGUAACUGCUUUGUAUAAAUCAUUUGAGCCUCACUCACACUCUGUAUUGUCAUCAGAAGGCUUUCCUGAAGAUUCAGCCUUACGUUGCACAGUUGGAUAUAGUUCAUUUACUUAAAAAGCGACUUUCUAACUCUGGACACGCUCGGUUUCCGAUUUUAUCAAGAACAUAUUUAUUUCAUCCCCAGUAAACGCAGAGGUCUGGUUUACUUGUUGCCAAUGUAUAAAUUCCAUUUCAUAGGAGCAAUAAGACCUUUCAGUGCACAUAAAGGAAAUUAUUGUGCUUUUGGUUGGUUAUCAAAGUCACUUGGCCUUCAGCCUUCUGCCUUAUCAUACCUUCCAAGAUGUGCUCUAAUUACCAUAUAAUGCUUUGCAUGACGCAUCUUAUUGUUCGAUAUGUAACUCCAGCAGUACUUACUACCUGCGAACUGUAGAUUCAGAGUUUUUGUGGGGAAUUGUCAUAUACUAUGCAGUGGCUGACUGUGAUUUUGUUUCUGAGAUGAGCUCUGACAGUAGUAUGUAUCAAUUCAGUAAAUAAAAAUGUCAAAACUUACCUUAAUUUAUAGCUGAUGAUCUGAAGUACUAAAUGGCAGUAUUAAAAUGUGAACAGCAAAAGCAAAUUUUACCUUUUGGGGAAAUGUCUGGUUGUCAUAAACUAAUCGGAGUUUAUGCAGGCAGCUGGUUGUGCAGAAGAUACCAUUACAACAAAACAUGGUAAUAUAUAUACCUGCAAGCUGUAUAGCAUGUUAUUUCCUAAAGUUCCCAUAGACCAGCAGACAACACAAAUGUCAUAUUAAUGUUGACAUGGCAUUGUACCAAUAUUAAUGUGACUCUUGGAAUAUGGAAUGUAAACAGAAGUUUCAAGUAGAAACGUUCUAAUCUUUAAUUUUAUUUCCUUUUAAAUCAACAGUGGAAUAUAAGGAAAUUCCGUCUUGAGGUUCUGGUAACAAAACCACGAGAGUGGAGCUUGAGUGCUUUAUGUCACCCUAAUCCUUUGAUGAAAUCAUAGCCUUGUAUUAUGUGGUUGCUUAUCUAUCAUUCUUCUUCUAAUGUAUCAAUUUAAAGGUUUACAGAAUUAGAUUAGGUUAAAUCUGUGUUGUGUUCAGCUGUAAAGGGUCAACACAAAUCUGUCGGCAUUUUGCACACUUAAUAUGUAUUAUUAUAAUACAACAUGUUACUUUUAUGGUAAUUUUUUUUACACAUAUAACUACCUCCAUGAAUUUGAUGAAAUGCAGCAACAUAAAAAGUGUAUUGUAAAAAAGCAAGGUUAAAUACUUUGAAGCAUUAGGUCAUGGCGUUCUCGUGUGUGUCAAUGCUUGCAUAUGAAGUCAUCAUGUUUCCAUUGCCACAAUUUCCUUUCGCUAUAUUAAAAAAUCUGGCUUUUUAGAUGAAUCACUUGAGAUUUUGACAAGGCCACAUGAUUUGGUUAGAAGUGAAAGGGAGGAGGCUGAAACCUUCGAUCCUCUCCUCAGUUACUGCUAACAUUUCUGCCUGGUAUAACUUGAAAAUGUAUUUGUGCUUUAGCAAAAUGGGAACAUCUACAGUCUGUGAAAUAUGAUUGACAGCUUGAGGUUUAACAGAAGACACUGGGUAUUUUCUUGGCAGCCUUCAAAUUCUUUGGGGCCCUACUCUGCCUCCCAUUUUUGCCAACAUAUCAGGUCAGAGUUUCUCUUAACGGGCUAAAGCAGAGUGUACUGGAUUUUAAAAUAGCUCCUGCUUCAGUGAUACACGCUGUUUUCUAAACUGUGCAUUGAAACACUCGCUCCUAUAGAAAUCGCCAGCAGCCUUUAAAUUGACUUCCCUGGGAGCAGUAYUAGGGUCCCUGCUCAAGGUGUGCGUCUAUUGUUUGGAGAAAGCUGGAGAGUUUCCAGGAAAAAUGAAAUGGGCUUUCGAGAAGUAGCCAGUUGCAACAGCCACCUCUAAAGAGAGAGAAAAAAAGAGAUUUUUUUUUUCCCCAAAAACCAAAGGAAGAAAGUGGCAGUUGAACCUAAGCAGAUCACAUUUAUGUACAAAUCCCGAUUUACGAACACCUCUUUCAGCAAACCCAGUACCAUAAUCCUGAUGCAGAUAGAUUGAUAAAUAAUCAUCUGUUGAGCUAMUUUUGCUGUAUGAAUAUUUCAGUUAAAAAUCAUAAGAAAUCAUUAUCCAUUCGACUCUUUGCACCACUGUAAAAUGUCCGUAAUACAAGAAACACUGUUUGCUCCACUUUUAUAAUGUAAAAUGUAUUGGGAAACAAAGAUUUUAAUGAAAACYGUGGCUUAAGUGAUCAUUAGAAGAAGUCAUUUUUAUAAAAGCGAAUAAGCAAACCAAUAUUCGCAGUAUCCUCUUUAAAAGUCUUUAGGGUAAGUCUAACCGGUAASAAAGUGGUUUAUGUUUAUAAUCCACAGUUAUUCGUUUGAUGCAUUAAGUUUGUGUCAGAGGAGAGAAACUAGCUUGGAGUCCGGCACYGACUCUUACAGUAGCAGUGCCAAAAAAAAUUGCGUUUUCAGUCAUAYGAGUACUGCCAGCAGUGGUUUUCAGGACGGUUAAUUAAAAAUUUGUCUUUCGAAUACAUUUCACAGAACUUUUCCCAACGUGAUUGCUCAAAUUGUUGUGCUGAGUAAGCGGAUAGCACUCUCUUAAUCUGGUGUCACACCCACCGUUUACAAUUCUCUUUGCUCUUCUGAAGAAAGCUGUACAGUAUUAGAGAGAAAUGUUCUAUUUUUUACAUAAUUCUUUAAGAGAGAAAAAAAAAAGUAUAUAUCUAAAAUGUUCCCCCCCUCAACAUAAGUAAUGUGGUUCAUGCAUCAGAAAAUUUCUGCUGCAUACAGUGGACCCAACUAAAAGCCAAGCUGGUGCUAGAAGAAACGGGACUAUCACUCUUCCUCUAAGGCAGCACUCUAAAUUUUGAUUUCAGUUACGUGGGUGUAAAUCUGACGAAACUCCCCUGAUUUUACCCGGCUCUAACGGAGAUCAGAAUCUGUCACUAACUCCUUUGACGCUCUAUUCUGAGCUGAGGAUUUCUGUGUUCCUCCCCUUGAAAAAAACGAGACACCCAAGAAGGAGCAGAAGGCCACAUGCAUGCAGCUGGAUUUGGAAACCCAGCUCGGGGUGAAUCCCUAGCGCAAUGCGCAGUCAGCAGCCCCUUCCCCAGCCGGGAUGCCAGGACAAAAACCACGGGCUUUGCACCUYGGAGGGCAAUUUUGGGUGCA